ACGACUCUGGUUCGACAUAUAUCGAAUGGUCUAUCAUCCAUGCUGAAGCACAUAGGAAAAUGGGCUAUGCUAUCCUCGCUUUCCAUGCUACCCAUCCUCUCUAAGGUAGGCAACUCUUCAAAUACUAAUCAAAUCUCCACCAUUAAAGCUUUUAAACUGAGCAAUCAAAGAGCUCUGCCCAGAACUUGCUGUGGUGCAAGGAGAAGAGUGAGAUAUGAGGAUGAAGAUGAUGAAAGGGGUGAAGAAGAACAUGGCUACAAUGAAGAGAUUGCAAUGCUUGAGUUGUACAGUCAGUCUGCUAGAGGAGAAGCUCUUCUUGUUCAUGCACUAGUGGAUGAACAAGAAGUAGAAGUCCUUAUCUUCAAGGGGUUCUCCUCAUGUUUGAACUAUGGGACUUCACCAGAUCCAUCAAGGAGUGUAAUUCCAGCUAGAGCAGUGAUAAAGUCCAUUGACAGAAUCAAAGGGCCUUUUGAUCCCUCCAACGUAGAAUACAUUGAGAAAGGUCUCAAAUGGGAAUCUUUUAAGACCCGCCUAGGUGCCUAGCCCCUACCCCUAGCAGAAAAGUGAGGAAUCUUGAUAUUGGUCACCAUUUUUGGAGAUGCUGUGUCACCAUUUCUGACAGUAAUUUCUCCGGUCUUUCUGGCAGCUAUAAAUAUAACAGAAUGAGUCAUGCUGUUGAUUAUGAACUUUCUUCACUUUUGUCUUAUUCAACCUAUGCAAUUUGUUCUUUAAAAGUUAAUUUUGAGGGGUUUCUGCAUUUAU